GGCCAUGCGGAGGGUGAACAGCAGCCUGUGCAGCGAUGAGCUCCUCUUGGAGGACUUGGAGACGGAGGGAGAGCGGCAGCUGAAGAGCCUCCUUCAGCACCAGCUGGACACCAGGGUCUCCAUUGAGCAGUGCAAGUCGAAGCGCAGAUGCUUCGCCCCUGCAGCUUUCUACAAGCCCUUCGGGGAGGAGGCCGCRGGGGCCUUGAGCUUGUCGCAGUUCCAGGCGCUGCAGGAGAGCGACAGGGAAACUGCCUCUCUCCGGGAACUGGGGCUCUCGGAUGCAGAGAUCCUGCUCUGGAAGAACCAGGCUUCCACAGAGAAGGGCGCGGGGCUCGGCGCGGCGCCCGACGCCACGCGCCAGCGCCUCGGCGCCAUCCGCGAGAAGCUGGCCGAGCGGCAGCGCAUCCUCGCGCUGCCGCAGCGCUUCGCCGGCAGCAAGCAGCUGAGCCGCCGCGAGAUGGAGAUCGAGAACGCGCUCUUCCAGGGCACCGACCGGCACGCCUUCCUGCGCGCUCUCUACCACCAAGAUGACACUCCGAAGAGUACAGCAAACGAAAAGGACCCCAUGGAUCACCUGGAGAGUGUGUACCAGGAGCUGCUGCACAAAGAGCUGCCUGAGGAGCCGCAGCCUGCGACGUGUGAUCCGUGCGUGCCCCUGUGCGAGCCCCCGAAGGAGGCCACGGAGGAGACGGCGCUUCCCGAGCAGGGGGAGCAGGAACCAGGUGCCAGCCUUCCUGCAGCAAAGCCUCCCCAGGCCCCACCGAGGCCCGUGACUAUAAAAGAGCCGGUGGAGUUUGUUUYGGAAGAGGAGAUCCGUAAGAACAGGCUCUCGGAGGAGGAGAUCCGGCGUAUUCCCAGGUUUGCCUCCUACCAUCCCGGGGAGCCCAGCAAGGUGCUGUAUUUGAAGAACCUGGGCCCUCGGGUGACGAUGAAGGAGCUCGUGUCGUUGUUCGCUCGCUUCCAGACGGAGAGCAGCCCGCCAGUGCAGUUCCGCCUGCUGAGCGGCCGCAUGAGGGGCCAGGCUUUCAUCACGCUCCCUGACGUGCAGGCGGCACAGCAGGCAAUGCAGCUUCUGAACGGGUACAACCUGCAGGGGAAGCCGCUGGUCAUUGAGUUUGGGAAGAGCAAGGGGCAUCCGUCUGAGACGGGCUCUGCCAACACCUCCUGCGGUGCCGGAGAGAACCCCGCUGGCAAGUAAGGCAUGGAGAGCGGGGACCCUGCGGAUUUGCACAGGCCACGGCAUCUCCGUGGUCAGAAGAGGGGCGCUACGGGGCUGCUGGAGGCUGCCGUCCAGCUUUGAGUGUCCACGUGGGCAAGGCGGCGAGCGGAGGCCGAGGCCCCGA